CCGAAGCCCCGCCCACAUCCCGCUUUAAUGCUUAUCUAUAUGUUGCGAACUAUUAGAAAGUAGCUAUUACGGAAAGGAAUCGGAUCUCAUGAUGUUUUGGUUUAUUGUAAGUGCCGUUAUACUUUUAUUUGCCUUAAGAUUUCGUUAUCCUUACUUAAUCUCAGAGGCCAAGUACGCGGGUCGGAUAGCAAGAUCUAUGUACCGUACGACUAAAUAUCUCAAAUCCAGACCUUUCUACACCUUAUUAGAUCGAUUCUUGGAUUCGGUUCAGAAGCACCCGCACAAAGCGUUCAUUCGGUUCCAGGAUGAGACCCACUCGUACGUGCAGUCGGAUAAACAGAGUAAUAAGAUCGCGAGGAGUUUGUUGAGGCACGCGGAUCUUCAUGAAGGAGACACGGUUGCGCUUCUGCUUGGGAAUGAGCCCAUGUUCUUGUGGAUGUGGUUGGCUUUGGCCAAGAUCGGAUGUUCUGUUGCUCUUCUCAAUCAUAACAUCCGAUCUAAAUCACUUCUACACUGCUUCACCUGCUGUGGGGCCACUGUGCUGAUCGCCGGUGCAGAACUGCAGGACACUGUUGAGGAGGUGCUGCCCGCUCUGAGAGAGCAGGGCAUCUCUGUCUAUAUACUGACUGACCAUGUGACCACUGAGGGAAUGGAGAGCCUUACAGACAAGAUCGCGCUGGCCUCAGAUGAGCCGAUUCCUGCAGACCUGAGGGCCAACAUCACCUUCAGCAGCCCAGCAGCGUACAUCUACACAUCAGGCACCACAGGUCUUCCAAAGGCAGCAGUGAUUGCUCAGCUGAGGUUGUGGGCCAUGGCCUUCUUUCCUUCUAUUUGCGGUGUGAAGUCUGAUGAUGUGGUGUACCUCUGCCUUCCCUUGUAUCACAGUGCCGGCUUUGGCGUUGGAUUCUGUGGUGCUAUUGAAAGAGGAGCUACUGUUGUCGUGAAGAGUAAGUUUUCUUCCUCUCAGUUCUGGGACGACUGCAGAAAAUAUCAUAUCACUGUUAUACAGUAUAUUGGGGAAACAAUGCGCUACCUCUGCAAUACACCAAAGCGUGUUAGCGACCAAGUACACAACGUCAGAAUGGCCAUUGGGAACGGGAUCAGACCAGAGGUGUGGAGGACAUUCAUAAGCAGAUUUGGACAUGUUGAAAUCAAAGAGUUCUACGGCGCAACCGAAGGAACCCUGGGCUUUUUGAACUAUGCUGGGAAAAUUGGGGCUGUUGGUAGAGUGAAUUCUUUUCAUAAGAAAAUCUAUCCAUAUGCAUUGGUUAAGUUUGACCAAGAACAAGAGGAGCCUGUGAGAAACUCAGAAGGAUUUUGCAUAGAAGUAGCUAAAGGUGAAACUGGUCUACUAGUGUCAAAGAUUACCCAGAAGGUCAAAUUUGCUGGAUAUGCCAGGGAUCCUAAACAGACCGAGAAGAAGAAACUCUACAAUGUGUUUGAGAAGGGAGAUGUUUACUUCAACUCUGGAGAUCUGUUCAGAACAGACCACGAAAACUUCCUCUACUUCCAGGAUCGGGUGGGCGACACUUUUAGGUGGAAAGGGGAAAACGUUUCCACAAAUGAAGUGUCUGACAUCUUGACUAUGGCAACGAGUAUCGAGGAAGCAAAUGUUUACGGCGUUACAGUUCCAGGGUAUGAGGGAAGGACAGGAAUGGCUUCCAUCACACUGAAGAAAGACCAUCAGUUUGAGCCCGAUGCCAUUUUUAGUCACGUGACUACUUACCUCCCCUCUUAUGCCAGACCACGUAUGAUAAGGAUCCAGGACUGUUUGGCUGUGACUUGCACUUUCAAACAGCUGAAAGGGAAGCUGGUAGAGGAGGGCUUCGACCCUGCUGCAAUCACUGACCCUCUGUUUGUUUUAGACGAGACGGUGAAAAGCUACAGACCUCUGACACGUGACACAUAUCAGUCGAUACUGGACGGUCAUUUCAGAUUGUGAAGAGCAGGAUGUUCUUUAAGUUAUAAUGUAUAAUGGAAAAAAAAUCAAAUCAAUUAUUUGUUCACACUCCUGACUAUAAAUUUACACUUGGACUAUAACUGUCCAGAGAUCACAAUUAACACACAUAAAUACUAUUAUUAUUACUAUUAUUUUGUCUGUACUACAAAUUCAACAAAUGUAUUGGUGGAAAUAAUUAUUUUGCUUAUUGUGCAUAAUUCAAAACCCCUUAAUUAAACCAGUUCAUCACACUAUUAUGACAACACUAUUAUGACAAAAGAUAAUAAAACUGUUAAAAAAGUUCUUUGUCAAUCUCAAAAGAGACUUUCUAAGAAUUUGAUACUAUGGUUCCCUGUAUUCUGCAGUGAACAAAUAGUUUCGUAAGAGUUUGUUGUGAGAUGACUGGCUCCCACAGAAACCCUCCCACUAGCUCAUGUCUCAAAGGCUGAAUUGAAAGAGGGUUGCCAUGUUGUGAGUUUAAAAUACUCAUGUACUAAACUUUUUUUUUGUUUGUUUGUUUAAGUGGAAAAUUUUAUUCCAAAAAUAUAAAUAAAUAAAAAUUUUUACAUUG